CUGAUAGAGUAGGGCAGACUUCACAGGGAAAAGAAAUUGCUGAGAUCCAGCCCAAAGUUGUUUCUAAGAAAUCCAAAGCACUCAAUGGCAUUUGCUUGAAACACAUGCAUAGUUUUAUUGAAAAAAAAUGUAGCUUUCCAGGGGUGAUUUAGACAUCCCUUUGUAGCAGACACUGAUGGAGCAGGUACAAAAGGUUGCUUGCAACUGGCUACAUUCUCUAAAUCAGUGCCAAGGUUCUUUCAAAUCACAUGAAACAUAAAAUGUUUCUGUUUUAGCCCAUGUCCUGCACGUGGAAGUAACUCUGUACUUUCUGUGGAGAUUAAAUACUCCUCACUGCUGCACCCACUUUUAGUUAGCCCAACUGAGAAAGUCAGUGUGCUCAUUUUUAAUUCAUGAGUAAAUCACAUUUGGACAGUCACUAUUCCCUUACCCCUCAUGUGUAAAUAGCAAGGCUUGGAAAGAUUAUUUCCUUGCUUUGUAUGCCACAUGGAGGAGAUGGGUCUCAGAAAAGUGGGUAUCUAAAUCUAAGAGGAAAGAUUCACUUCAAGACAAGCAGAGCUUGAAAGGAAAACGGAAAUAUAUUUAAACUGGUGAAUGAAACAACAUGGGAUAGGAAAGAUGUGCCGUGUGUCACAAAGCAGAGGAAGGUAAUUAGUCAUGCAGGAUGGUUUCACAGUAGAUCCACGUAGAUGCUACAGUGGGACCAGCCCCAGGGCACCCUAACCGAGCCUUGCUUGCACCCCAACCUCACAGAGCCACGCUCAUUUGGGCAGGAACAUGUCUGCUUCUCCCUCCCCACACAGCAGCAGGAAGGUGUUACUUAGGCGCUUGGGACAGUACUCCUUAGGACAGGCACAUGCAGACGCCCCGGCAUCAUUAGCGGCGUCUCCUUUCUCCCCUCCUGCGGGAAUUUUAGUCUUUGGGCCAAUUCCGCCCUGCCUCCCCCCAGUUCACCUUUUCCCUCCCCUCACACCGCUCGGCUACAGCACCCGGGAGGGCAGCGGCGCCAUUUUGCCCCGCGGCCCCGCGGGGCUCUCGGGGGGCGGCGGCGGCGGCGCACAGCGAGGGCAAAACGAGAGGGCGGUGGGAGCUGCUUUCCUCGUCCCGCCCUGCCCUGCCCUAAGAAGCCCGGGAUAAUAUCAAACGGGCCGGGGGCGCGGGAAGAGGGGGUGAGAAGGGGCGUCCCGCUGCCCCGCACCGGGGGAGGCAGUCGGGCCGCUCUUCGCGCCGCAGCCUGUCGGCAGGGGCGGCCGGCUCGCCGGCUCCCUCUAGGUACCGUUGCCUCAGGAAAGGAGGAGGGGAUUCUUUUUUUUUUUUUUUUUUUUUUCUUUCCCCCCCUCCCCUCCUCUCUCUCUUUUCCAGCCAGUAAAGAGUGUCUGCCCCUUUGAACCGCUGGUACAGCGCUUGCGGCUGCACACACGCGCACACACCCGCCGGCUAUAAAUAAGUUAAGAGCCGGGCAGAGGGCGAGCAGUGUGCGUCUCCCGGCGGGCCGAGGCGGCCGGGAUCGCUGCCGCCCAGCCCCCCUCUGCCUUCCUCCCCCCCCCCCCCCCCAGCUGUGCUCGCACCCUUGGGUGCCGAACCCCCCCCGGGGUGCCAUGGCGUGCGUGGAGCGCUGCCGCUGCUGCGCGGGCGGCCGGCGGAACAGCAGCAUCCUCUACAGCAUCCUCCGGAGCGAGGAGCGGGCGGCGUCGCCGGCGGGGCAGGGGCCGAGGCGGGCGGGGCGGGCGUCCCGCGGCUGCCCCUGCGGGUCGCGGCGGCGGGUGUCCCUGAGGAGCCCGCAGGUAGCCUGCAAGGCGGCCUCGGCCGUGCUGGUGAAGACGCUGCGCUUCGUCCAGAACGUGCCCUGCUUCCAGGAGCUGCCCCUGGACGAGCAGCUCCUGCUGGUCCGCAGCUGCUGGGCGCCGCUGCUGGUGCUGGGGCUGGCGCAGGACCGGGUGCACUUCGAGACGGUGGAGAGCGCGGAGCCCAGCAUGCUGCAGAGGAUCCUCACCGCCCGGCGGCAGGGCGAGCAGCCCCCGCCGCGGGGACCGGCGCCGGGCCGGCCGCAACACGGCCCCGGCGGCAGCGGCGGCGGCCCCCACCUGCCCUCGGCCGGGGAGAUUCAGUCCAUCAAGGGCUUCCUGGCCAAAUGCUGGAGCCUGGAUAUCAGCACCAAAGAGUACGCUUACCUCAAGGGGACGGUGCUCUUCAACCCGGAUUUACCUGGACUGCAGUGUACACAAUAUAUUGAAGGACUGCAGAGGGAAGCACAACAAGCUCUAAAUGAACAUGUCAGACUCAUUCACAGAGGUGAUGAAGCCAGAUUUGCCAAGCUGAAUAUUGUUCUAUCCUUGUUAAGAUCUAUUAAUGCUAAUGUAAUUGCCGAACUAUUCUUUAGGCCCAUCAUCGGAGCAGUGAACAUGGAUGACAUGCUUUUGGAAAUGCUUUGUGCAAAAUUAUAAAGGCGUGUAAAAUAAUGAAAAUAAAUCCAAUGCAAAGGAAGCCCUAGAGAAGAAUAGUGUAAAGUACUGUAAAUAAACUAACUUAUUGUUUUUACAUAGAUAGUAUUUUUGUAUUCCAUAAUAAAAUAUUCUCCAAGUUCUGAAAACACGGUGUUUUUGGAAUAAGAUUACAGUCAUCGAAACAAGCUUUAAGUUUGUGGAGAAUGCUCAUAUCCAAAGUUGACUGGCUGAUCUUUUACCCUGUCUCUGAAUAAAAAUCACACAUACUGUAUUGUACUUUCAAGGUGAGUAAUCCCUGCUUUUUCAAAAUAAGCAGCAGCCUAGGUUUACAUUUUAAAUGUAGUUGGCAUACAGAAGGUGGAAUGAACAAGCCAUUUACUUUGAAUAUUUCAGUAAUGUUAGAAUAGGGUACUGUAGUCAGUUCUGCUCAUAGUUCAAAUUCUGGAUCUGUCAAGGGCUUAUUGCAGUCAGUGAACUACUGUUGACUUUAACAGAGUUGAAGUUUAUGAAGAAUAUUAAAGAAAAUAUUCACCUAAGGUUUUCUUCCAUAUGGGGAAAAUGUAUUAGGAAUAUUUUGAGACUUAAUGUAGCUUGGCCAACUCUAACGCUUGCAGUAAAACAUUCUGUUCAACACAUAUUGGGCACUAGGAGAAUAAAGUAACUCUAUUGCCCAAAACAGCAAACAAACAAAAGCACCUCUAAAAAUAUUCAAACAGCAAAUGCUGGAUAGGGCCAGGAGAACCAUUGGCGUACACACCACACGUUUCUUUGCUUUUCAUCUAGGUAAUUGAUAGUUAGGAUUUCAAAAGCCAGAUUCUUCAGACUGUAUUCCUGUAGAAAUACAAAAUUAUUAUGCUGAAACAUGGUGUACCACUGGUACAUCCAUCAGAAUUUGUCAGCUAGCAUGAAGAUGUCUUAAUUAAACAUUGAGCUUACACUUUUUUUCUUUUGUGUCUUGGACUUCAUCCUUUCUCUCACAGCAGAUGUGUUUUUAUUGAAAAAAUAAAUACUCAUUUAAAAGGGAAAACCGGUGAUUUAAGGAGGAUUUGUUUCAUGGUUUUCCUUUCUCUGUGUGCAGUUUUCUAGGCUUUCCUCUGGAGGAUAUUGGUAAAAAAUGGAGAAAGAAGUGUGACAGUGUUCCUGAAGUAAAAGAUAUCAGUAACUCUGUAUCAUUCACAUAUAUAUUAACCACUAGCAAUAAAAGGUGUUUUUUUUAAAACACAACAAAGUUGAGGCAGUUACUCUCCUUAGUAUGAGGUGUGCAGGGGAGAGAGGAACACAUGUGAAGAGCUUUCUUUUGCUGCCACCUUGCGCAAAGGAUAAUCACAGCUCAUGCACUCAGGUAAGGAGCAGGAUGGACUCUGGUCUUAUACCUACCUGGAUAAAACUUAUGGAAAAUGGAAAUGGCUAGAGAGGUAGACAAACAUUCCUACAGGGACAAGUUAAUCCACUGAAACUUGUACUGCCAUGGCAGUAAGAUUCUCAUAAUGGGCUGGCAUACAGUCACUGAGCAAACAGAACAAAGCAAAAAACACAUACCCCAUCCUGAAAGCAAUGAUGUAGCUUAAGUGCACCCUCUUCUGGUGCUCACGUAACUGGGUAACGUUAGGAGCUGAGGAGCUUCCCAAAAAUUCCAAAGAACAAAAAGUAUGUAAGUAAAGUGCGCUUCACUACCAGUUCAGACUUCAGACCAGUUCAGACAUAACACAGCGGGCUUAGUCUUUAUGUUAAGUUGAUGCUUUUAUAUGUACACACAGAUGCAUGUAAAAAUAUAUAGCAAAUAUAUACAUAUGGAGAAUAUUUACUGUGUAUCUAUAAGUGUUCUGUGAGUUUACAAUAGCUUCUGAACUUGUCUAACAUCUCUGUAACAUAAGUAUAUGUAUAUGUUUCACUCUUUCUCUGUAAACAGCAUAUGAGUUUACAAUAGUUAGUGUUCAAGGAUGCCUGGCAAAGAAAUCUCAUCACAAAAAGCACAAAGCAUGAUAAAACAUUUAAAUAGUGGUUAGUGGCAGAAGAUGAAUCUUGGUUAAGGACUGAAAAAAAUUCAGCAACCUCAGAUUAUAACAACCCCAUCUCCACUGAGAAUUUGUUAAUAUGCACACUAGUGUUCAGACUUUUCUGCUGAGUGGCAGAAGGUACUUGUUGGCAGUGCUCCUAACAAUGAAUUGUAAUAGCUGAACGAUGGUCACAGGCAAGGAUUUUCAGCUGAAGAGUCACCUUGAGACGGUUUGGAUCUAUUGUGCCUGUAAACACAAAAGUUUUCAUGACUCAGGUGGACCUGCUUACAUCUCCAGGUUUGAUAUCUGAACAAAUUCUGUAUUCUGCUCAAUUUUCUGAAGUUGUCAUGAAAAAUACUUCUGUGCACAAUGAGUCCACCUUGAACUCACUGUACUCUGUCAUAUUUCUCUUGGACCAGCAAUACUGUUAGUCAUUUAGCUGUCGUCUGUUCAAAUGGAUGCAACUGGGAACAGUAAGUAGGAAAUCUGAAUGGGAAAACCAAUUUAUCAAGGCUUUCUGCAGAGAACUGGCAAAAAAAAAAAAAAAAAAAAAAGUGUCUUCGUAGGUCAGAGGAAUAGGAAUGACAAAUCAAGAAUCUGUAGGAGGAACCAGGCUGAAGACUUGGAGAUCCAUGUAGGAGUGGGAGAGAAGAAACUAGUAUGAUUCUGGAAGAGAGUGGGGAAGGGUCUGAUUUUUGUGCAGGGACAAUGUGCCAAAAGCUGACUGGAAGCAGGUGAAGAGAGAUUGUAACUCAUAAGACAAGCCAGACCUUGGGCAAAAGGGUGCUUCUGGGAGAACUCUGUGUCAAGUCCAGAAAAUAUUGCAGAGCAGGGAGGAACCUACCCCAGGAGCUGACACAGAGGCAGACAGAGGCAUCCUCACCAACCUGCUGGGACUGGGUGGCCUGUUGUCUCCUCCACUGGUGCCUCUGCUGAAGAAGGGGCCACGGUGGCAGCUGUGCAGGUGUGAAGAGCAAGCUGCUCAGCGUUUGUCUGUGAGCAUACAGAAGGAAGCAAAAGUACUCUCUUGCCCCAGACCUUUGACCCUGGGUGCUCUGCAGCACAGUUUUCCACUGAGUAGGAGAAGUACUGGCUAGAUCCUUUUCUGCCCCGGCUCUGUCCUGUGCAGGGUGGGUGAACUCUGAAUUGGAUAGCCUGCAUGGCCGCUGCCGUGACCCACGGCAUCAUCUUCCUGGAUAUCCCUGGCAGGAGAGGGGGCACAGCCUGCCCGAGGCCUCAGGCAGGUAGGAGAGAACGGAAGGCUGGGCAAGGGAGAAGGAUGCUUCCACGGUAAUGUAGCCUUUACCAGAAGGAGUGGGGGUCAAGACUCUCCUGCAGCUUCAAGUGCCCCAAGAGGUAGUGGAUGAGACCUCCGUCAGCUAUCCUUGACUCCUGCAGAGGGAAAAGCCUGCCUCCAGCCCUGCCUUCUGCCGAGCAGUGCUGCGCUGCGCUGCUAGGCACAGCAUAAAAUUUCUCCUUAUUCUCUUAAAUAAACCAGUUAAGACUACUUUCCAGUUCAGUUAUUCAGAUGACUUCUGAGUAUUUUUAAGCGUUUUCUCUGUUUGCUCUUUAUCCCUGGCAUUCUGGGCAUGAACCUUCUCAUGAGCAUGGUGUUUUUACAGCCCUCCAGGAUGUUAGAGACAUUUUAACUGUGAGCAGCCUCCCAAGCAAUUUAAUCCUGCAAUCCCCAGGGAGGCAGUCUCAGAUAGAUAGGAGCAGUGCUGUACAAAAAGCCAUUCCCACUCACCUCAGCAUGGAAGUCCACUGCUUGUGGUCAGGACCGUGACACCAGCAGCCCAGGCACCGGCUUCUAAUCACAAAGUGCCAUUCAGCAGCGGUUACUGCUGUGUGAUACCCUUUUCUCUGAAGAGAUCUGAGAAAGGAUAAUUUAAAAACCAACUUGCAUUUUUAGUUAAUAAGGUUAUGAGUGUUUCUUUUAGAUAAGAAAAAGCAUGGCAUUUAUUUAUAAUCUUUGAUAUAUAACCUUUGUUUGGAUAGUAUUUCUAAUAAUUUAUUGUAAACUUUGCAGCAGUUUGCUCUUGUGGGUAGACUAUGAAUGCUGAUAAUGCCCAAUAAACAGUAACUUUGCUCCCAAA